GGUGGGCGCAGCGCCGUCAGCGGGAGGCGGAGGCGGAGGAGGAGCAGCGGCAGCGGCAGCGGCAGCAGCGCAGGAAAAUGUCAUUUUCCAAUACACUCAGGCGCUUGCGAACGGACAAGGACUGAAACUUUGCAAGGUGGAUUGUGAGCAGCUCCAAAGAGUCGACAGAGGGGGCUGGCGCCCAGAGAACGACCAUGGGUGAGGAAGGCCCGCCCAGUCUGGAAUACAUCCAGGCCAAGGACUUGUUCCCCCACAAAGAGCUGAUUAAGGAAGAAGAGUCUUUACAGGUUCCAUUCACCGUGCUGCAGGGAGAAGGUGUGGAAUACCUGGGCCAUGCAAGUGACGCCGUCAUUGCCAUCUCCAACUACCGGCUCCAUAUCAAGUUUAAGGACUCUGUAAUCAACGUGCCUUUGAGAAUGAUGGAAAGCGUGGAGAGCCGGGACAUGUUCCAGCUGCACAUCGUCUGCAAGGAUUCCAAAGUAGUCAGGUGCCAUUUCUCUACUUUCAAGCAAUGCCAGGACUGGCUGAAAAGGCUGAGCCGAGCCAUCGCUCGCCCCACCAAGCCGGAAGACCUGUUUGCGUUCGCUUACCACGCCUGGUGCUUGGGCGUCUGUGCGGAUGAGGAGGACCAGCACGCUCACCUUUGCUGCCCAGGAGACCACAUCAAAUACCGGUUUGAGAUGGAGCUGGCCCGGAUGGGCUUCGACUUGCAGAACGUGUGGAGAGUUUCCGACAUCAACAAGAACUACAAGCUGUGUACCAGCUACCCACAGAAACUCUUGGUUCCUGUCUGGAUCACUGACAAAGAGCUGGAGAACGUGGCUUCCUUCCGGUCUUGGAAAAGGAUUCCAGUGGUUGUAUAUAGACACCUGCGCAACGGGGCAGUGAUCGCACGCUGCAGCCAGCCCGAGAUAAGCUGGUGGGGCUGGCGCAACGCCGACGACGAGUACCUGGUAACCUCCAUUGCCAAAGCCUGUGCCUUGAACCCUGGACAAAGGCUGGCCGGGGGGACCCCACAUUCGGGGCUCAGCGAUGGGAACGAGGCCUGCGACGCGGGGUUUGAUUCAUCGCUGACUGCGUGUUCAAGCGUGGAGUGUUCAGCAACGCCUCAGAAACUGCUGAUUCUGGACGCCCGGUCCUACACCGCCGCGGUGGCCAACCGAGCCAAAGGAGGAGGCUGUGAAUGCGAAGAAUAUUACCCAAACUGUGAAGUGGUGUUCAUGGGCAUGGCCAACAUCCAUUCCAUCCGGAACAGCUUCCAGUACUUGCGGGCUGUCUGCAGCCAGAUGCCCGACCCCAGCAACUGGCUGUCGGCUCUCGAGAGCACCAAGUGGCUGCAGCACCUCUCCAUCAUGCUGAAGGCGGCUGUGCUGGUCUCCAAUGCUGUCGACCGAGAGGGGCGCCCUGUGCUGGUUCACUGCUCAGACGGUUGGGACAGAACCCCUCAAAUUGUCGCCUUGGCGAAGAUUCUUCUGGACCCCUAUUACAGGACGAUGGAGGGUUUCCAGGUGCUGGUGGAAUCUGACUGGCUGGACUUUGGCCACAAGUUUGGAGACCGCUGUGGACACCAGGAAAAGGCUGAGGAUCAGAACGAGCAGUGCCCCGUGUUUCUGCAGUGGCUGGAUUCCAUCCACCAGCUGCUCAAGCAAUUCCCCUGCCUUUUUGAAUUCAACGAAGCUUUCUUGGUGAAGUUGGUGCAGCACACCUACUCCUGCCUUUAUGGGACCUUCCUUGGAAACAGCCCUUGUGAGCGCGAGGUCCACAACAUUGCCAAGCGCACCUGCUCGGUCUGGUCCCUGUUGAGAGCCGGCAACAAGAACUUCCAUAACCUGCUCUAUGUGCCUGGUAAUGAGCAGGUGCUGCAUCCGGUGUGCCAUGUCCGAGCGCUGCACCUCUGGACGGCGGUGUAUCUCCCAACAUCCUCCCCCUGCCCUCUAGGAGAAGAGGGCAUGGACCUUUACCUGCCUUCUGGAUCACAAAGCCAGGAGUUUAGCAGCAGGUCUCUUGACAGGUUACCAAAGACAAGAUCCAUGGACGACCUUCUCUCAGCCUGCGACCCUGGCAGCCUGCUGACUCGCACAUCGAGUGAUCCGAACUUGAACAACCACUGUCAGGAGAUGAGGGUAGGCCUGGAGCCCAGGCACCCCAAUGCCGAGGAGAUGUUGGCGGGCAAAGACGGCACAGUAGAGGGACCAGCUCAGGUCCCUGAGUGGCGGCAGCAGCAGCAGCAGCAGCAGCAACUCCAUCCCCCACGGAAUGCCAGCGGUAGCAGCUCUGAUGGUCACAGAAUCGAUCAGUCACAGGCACUACCGGACCUCAGGGUCUCUCGGCAAUUGAACAGCACAUCUCUUGAGGUCGAAACAGUAAGCGAAGCGAGUCCAGAAGCGGCAGAAGACCCGCUCCCAGCUCCAUGCGCUGCUGGGCGACAGAAACCUUCCGAGGAUCCGACCAGAACAGAAGAGCCGUUUGAAAAGUUUCCCUGCAACCAUGUGAAAGGCGUUGGCCCAGAACCCAACAGCCCCUGGGACCUCGUCGAACCCUGCCGCCCAGGCCCCUCCCUCCAGCCAUCAGCAAGCGCUCCCAACUGGAGCCCACCCACUCCGAGUGGCCCAAAACAGGAUGCUGAAGAGAAGCAGAAGGACGGCCCAAAUGGCAGCGUCCGGUGCGGAGAGGGAGAGGUCCGCCAAGCAGGGAAAGGGCCGCCGGAGUUGUGGCGAAAAGGGAUUUCUCAGAGCCAGACGAGUGAAUUCUCUCUCCUGGGAGGCAACUGGGAGAGUUUCCAGGGCCUGGGGGCUUCGCUUCCUGGGGGUGACGGGGCCCCCCGGCGACUCCUCUCUUACGGCUGUUGUAACAAGCGGCUGAGCGGCCGGCACUUGUGGGCUGCUGGACUGUGCCUCAGCGGCCAGUGGCCUUUGAAAGAAGGGCUGAAGCCCCCGGGCUGCUCUGGCCAUUCCAGCACAAGCCUCGCCGGGAAAUCCAGCCGGCUGUGGCUGCCCUGCCCUUGGAAGCAGGCGCUGGGCUCCAGACACCUGCCCCCAAACAGCCCUCCCCCGGUGCCGCCGCCUCCUCUCUACCUGGACGACGACGGCCUCCCCUUCCCCACGGACGUGAUCCAGCACAGGCUGCGGCAGAUCGAAGCCACCUACAAGCAAGAGGUGGAGCAGCUGCGCGGGCAGGUGCGGGAGCUGCAGCUGCGGCUGGACAUCCGCCAUUGCUACGCCCCUCCGGCUGAACCACAGAUGGACUACGAGGACGACUUUACUUGCCUCAAGGAAUCGGACGGCAGUGAAAAUGAGGACUUCUACUCGGAUCACAGUGAAGACUGUCUGUCUGAAGCGAGCUGGGAGCCGGUCGACAAAAGGGAAACUGAGGUCACGCGCUGGGUUCCGGACCACAUGGCCUCACACUGCUUUAACUGUGAUUGUGAGUUCUGGCUAGCCAAACGCAGGCAUCACUGCAGGAAUUGUGGGAACGUGUUCUGUGCUGGCUGCUGCCACCUGAAGCUGCCCAUUCCUGACCAGCAGCUCUACGACCCGGUCCUCGUCUGCAACUCCUGUUAUGAUCACAUCCAGGUAUCCCGUGCCAGGGAACUCAUGAGCCAGCAUCUGAAGAAGCCCAUUGCCACAGCUUCUAGCUGAAUGCCAGCGGAGGGAACCUGUCGGAGCCUGGCCUUUUUUCACCGUGCGGACUGGGAGGACAGCAGGGCUACCUCUGCUGCAGCCGAGGAGGCCGGUCGUGCAGCACUUGAUCGCCAAGCCUUGUACGCGCUGUCGGCGAUUCCCCUCCCACUUGGUGCCCCGUGUAUUGGAGAUGAGGAAAUUGGAUUAAAGAGCGUGACGUGGCCCCUCUUUACGGUACUCUUCGUGGUCUGAAGACCUGAGGCUGAAUUGGAGACCGCCGUGUCUUUCUUCAGAGGGUUGGCGAGCGAUGCGGCGCAGAUCAUUGCUUUGUGCGGAAAAGCGGCAGGCAGGCAUGACCAGAAUCGGACCCUCUCCUCCCCCACCACACAAAGGCAGGCAGGUUGAAUUGUGCAAGGAAGAAGAACGCAGGCCCGGAGUGCUACAUCUGCAGGAGUUUGCUCUGGCUGUGUUAGUCAUGUGUGUCAGUCGUGUUCGGCUUGCCAGCCACUCCCCGGGACGGCUCCAGGCCAGCACUUGUGCCAGUAGCGGGCAGGGCAGGGGGGAGUCUUACCUCUGCUCCUUCCCCGUGUUCCUUCAAGGAACGGACUCUUUGUCCUGGCGGCCGGGCUGUUGUGCGUGUGGAAAACAAGAGCUGAGUUUGGCUUGCUGCACUUCCUGCCCGCAGUGGGUGUCGGGCAGCCGGUUCCCAACUGGUGUCUUUGCAGGACAGACACCCUGAGCCUCGCUCUACCCAUGCCACAGUGUGUAUUCCCUUUCCCUUAUGCUGCACUUGUGUCUCCCUGUUUCUGGUUGCUCUUUAUCCCGAAAACCUGGUGCCUGGAGGGCAGGCCGUGUGGGUUUUCUUUACCUCCUGGAAUGUGCUGUUAAGUGUGCUUGAGGGUUUCAGUCCAAAAUGCUGCUAAUGUUAUUUCUCUGCACUUAAAAACCGUAGUCUGGAGAAUGAAAUUGGGGGUGGGGGGGGGGGGCUGCCAGUUUCAUAAAAGGGAGGCGGGGAACACGGGCAAAAAGAGAGAUUCUUCCCCCCCCCCCCAACCCCCGGUCCUGUUUUUCAGGAAUGUUCAAGGGACAAUAUAGACAGUGAUGAUCAUCCUCAUUGCGAGAACGCUCCCCCCGUUCAUUCUGACAUCAAAUGAAAUCCGCCCUUGGAAAUGGAUUUCCCGAUUGAUAGUUGUUCCGCUGCGGCAACUCUAGCAGUCACCUUGCCCUAAUACUUCCACUUCCAUCCCAACAAGCAUCAAAAGCCUUUUAGAAGGGUGGGCGGGGAGUGAGAUGCUGCUGAAAUUUCCACAGGUCUUCAUGACCGGUGUUUACGGCCACUUUAUCCAUCUCUAGAAGGGACUACAGAAUGAACAAGGCUAUGAGAGGCUCUGGCCAAAUCCACACGCCACGCAGGAAGGGUGGGCCAAGGCGUCUGGUCUCAAGGACUUGAAAAUGCGAUCCUUUCUCCACACCCAGAGUGAAUCCUUUCCAGCGGUCCAUCCCUGGCUGCUUUUAAAAACUUUCAGCGGAGUUAGUGGUUCUGUCUGCCAUGUUGUUGCUAUACCUUCCACAUUUCAGCCUGCUUUUGGCCAUAAGCCUAAAAGCCAGCAUCUUCCUCUGACACGGGAUCUCCUUGAAUCGCCCUCCGGCCUCUUUCAGGGAGCAAAACCCUCAUAGAUUUGGGAUCUCUGAUUUUGCCAUACUCCGAACAUUGUCUGUACAAAAUGAUGUAGGUAGGAGGGGCGGGGCGGGGCGGGGCGGGGUGUUCGGAUUGGGUUCCAUUUUCAGCUCAUUUGCACAGAUGUAAAACUAAACAAACAAAAAUCUGAAAAUGAAAAGAGAGCGCGCAACGGGCCUUCAAGUCAGCCGUGGUUAAUCAAAAAUGCUUUCAGCUCUCAUGAAUUUGUGUCACUGUCUUAAGGCAAAAAAAAAUAAAAAAUAAAAAUAAAAAAAAAUAAAAAAUACCAACUCCAAAAUCAGAUCAAUAGCUUUGUGACAAACAAUGUGCUGUAAGAAAUUCAAUACAGUCGAAUAAAAUCUCUAUAUUAGUG